AUGCCAACUGUACUGAUUGUUUUUGUGGUUUUGCUCUGGGGUCCCUUGAGAUGGCAUCCUAUAAAACCAAGCUUCCGUCUUCACUCACUUUCAAAUGAGAAAAUGAUUGGUUUCUUGAAAAAUGUUCAUAAAACAACUCAAUUUUUCUGCGCAACAACUUCUGUUCUACUGAACUCAACACUGAUUGGUUUGAUUAUUUUCAAAUCUCCAAAAAGCAUCGGUUUUUACAAAUAUCUCAUGAUCUACAUUUCAUUGUUCGAAGCAGUAUAUUCGAUUUUGGAUGUUUCCGCUGAACCAAUCAUCUUUUCUCAUGGAAGUGCAUUCAUCGCUCUCACCAAUGUUCAAAACUCUUUUCUUGAUAAAUCUUGGAUGUUUCUUGUCAUCAUAAUUUAUGCCGGUUGUUUUGGUUUCUCACUUGCUCUUUUUGCUGUCCAUUUUCUUUAUCGAUAUAGUAUUAUCCGAUUGUCUUUUGGUGGAAAACUUCUGCACGGUUCGAAGAAACAAUGUCUUUUUGUUAUUCCCUUGAUCUAUGGUUUUUGGUGGACCUAUUUAUGCUCGUUGUUUUCACCAGAUUCCGAAAACGAUUCUUAUAUGCGCAAGGCAAUUUUAGACAAUUUCAAUCUUAAAAUGGAAGAUUUGACCUACGUGUGCUUUUUAUUCUACAGAAUUGAUCACAAAGGAAUCUCAACACCCAACCUCAAGGCGUUCAUAGCCAUUUUAUGCAUGAUGUUUAUGAUAGUAAGUUACUAAUAUUUUUACAAAGAAGCUUUUCAGUCAACUUUUCAGCUCACUUCAAUGUUUUGUGUUCUCUAUUUUGGCGUCAAUUGCUAUAAAGUAAUGAACCACGCAUUCCUCGACAAGCCCAACGAAUCCGUAUUAACCAAAAGUCUUCAAAAACAAUUAUUCUACGCAUUGGUAAUUCAAACGUGUAUUCCACUAGUUCUAAUGUAUAUCCCAGCUGGUGUUUUGUUUUUGACGGCAAUUUUCGAAUUUCCAAUGGGCUCUGCUAGUAAUAUUGUGGCUAUUACAAUUGCUAUUUAUCCGGCAAUUGAUCCAUUGCCAAAUUUAUUGAUUAUCACAGAAUAUCGGAGAGCUAUCAAGCAGUUUUUGAUGGUGUAUGUGUUUAGAAAUUCGUCAAAAACAAAUAAUACAAACAUCGUUCUGAAUCGGUUUUAA